AUGCCUGUGGUGCAGGAGGAAUUGGAAGGCAGCUCAAUGAGCGCUGAGCACGGUGAGGAGGAUCAAGACGAAGCCAGCAGUGAGCAGCACUUGGAAAGGAGAACCCUUGUUCUGCAGUUCCUGCACUCCACCCUCAACCUCCACCACCUCCAGAGCCACCAGAGGAAAGUUGAGCUCCUGAAGAAGUGUUACUUCUACUUGGAGGUGGAGCCCAAGUAUAUGGCUGUGAGGGAGCAGCAGCAAGACCCACACUUCAUCGACAUCUUUGAGCUGAUUGACCCCUGGCAGUUCCAGAGGAUGAAGGAGGUGGGGAGAAACCAAAUUGAGAUCCAGCUGGCACUCCUGAGUGAGCUGCUGGAGCAGCUGGAGAGAGGCCAGAAAGAGCUGAGAGCUUACACUGACAGCUGUGACAGCAGCCCCUUCCUCUCAGGCUGGGACCUGGUGGUGCAGAGGAUGUCUGCCCUGGCCCAGUUCAUGCAGCAGCUGAUGGCCUUGCAGACCCCGGAGAAGGUCUACGUCAGGCACUGCUUGGUGUCCCCCCUGGAGGCACAGCGCAGGGGGGCCACCCUGCCUGACAUCAGGCUGUCCCUCUCCACCAAGCUGCCCCUCAUCUUUGACAGGGAGGCUUCGGUGGCAGACACCAAGUGGGUCAGGCUGAAGUGGUCCAGCGAGGACCCCGCGUCCUACCCGGAGCAGUACGAGGUCUACGUGAAGCUGCUGACCAAUGGCAUGGAGAGAGGCUUCAGCAGGAUCCAGCUGGUCAACACCAACAUCUUUGUGGUGCAGGGGCUGGAGCCUGGCAGGCUGUAUGAGUUCACUGUUCUAAGGCCAGCCACUCAAACCCUUGUCUUUCAAAACUGGCACGACACCAUCACGCUGAGGACAGGAACCUAA